AUGGAUACAUAUCGUAGAUCAAGAAGAGACAGUGUCACAGCCGCACCUGCUACCGCUUUCGACUUCGAACCCCGGUCAUCUGUUGGAGAGAACAAGCCGGAGGAUGAUGGUGAGUCUGGAUUGUCGCAAAAUGCAGAAAUGGAACUAAAGAUCAAAGGCGAGUGGGACGGCUUUCAAAGGCUUGUCUGUUCACCAAGUGCUCCGACAACGCCCCGCAAGAGAAAGAUACAUUUCAUCGAGCCUAGGCCUGAGGAUCUUGCUCCACGAAGGUCCAACACUGCGCCUCCAGGCAUUCGAAUCCCGUCCACAACUGCCUUGGUUCGAGAGCCAACCGAGUCAGGACAGCCGAACGUCGAAGAGGUAUCACCCGAUCUGAUCUCGUUCGAGGAAACCGAAGACACUCCAUCCAAAGCAACGCAGAAUCUAGACGAGAUUUCUCUCAACAGCCAUGAAGAGGACCAAGACUUUUACGGCAUGGAUGUAGAAAUGGUGACCUACAACGAUGACUCUACACCAACUGAAGAGCUUCCGCAGGUGUCUCAAGACGAUAAUGACGACGUGGACGAUGCAAAGGAUCCGAUCUUCUCCUUCAGGCAUACAAAGUCACAUUCAAUUUCGGAUGCCUCGCCGAUACCUCAGGAAAGGCCCACUUCGGCCAAGUUUUAUCGCACAUCGUCGGUAUCAGGGCUCUACUCCAAACCAGCUUAUAGCCCGAUCAUCAAUGCACACGUCGCUGGCAGUCCCAUACGUUUCGACUUUUGCACAACGCCUGUUGACAACAACGAUAGCGAGGAGCAACUUGAGGAUAUCUCGCGAUUGUCUCGAAGUCAGGCCGCAAGUUCCACGUCCAGUAACAGCGCGUACGCAACACCAUAUGACGACAGAGUCACGGCAGGCGCUGGUGAUAGGUCGGGCCCAUCGAGCAGUGCAUCCAGCUCAGGUGCGAACACAAGAAGCUCAUUGGGAUCCAGAGGUGAGAUCGCCCUGGAAGCAGUCAAAAGAAAGCUCUCCACCAUGUCCCGCACGAGGAAAGCCGGCGCAAAACGUAGCGAAAGGCGGAGUCCAGAACCUUCGUCCAGCCCUGACGAGGUCGCAGCUGUCUCACCUAACACCUGUGCAACAAGUAAUACGCCAAAGAAGGGUCGCGGAAGAUACUCGGCCAGACACAGUCAUUCGGGUAGCUCAUCGCCUGCUACAACGCCAGGAGUGAUGGUACGAAGUGAGCCUCAAUCUUCAACGCAGAGCGCCCGAGUAUCACCACAUCUCAAGCCAGCUCUUAAGCAUUCGGGUCCCAGCAUACCCAGUAGCGCCAGUACUAUUUACGAUCGACUUCUACCCUCGCAUAAGGAUAGUCUCGAGCUUGUACGCCAUCGCUUUGGUGAAGAUUUGCCAACGGUUGACCCCCAGCUGUCUUGCACACGGGACUCGAUCGUCCUUGCUAAACAAAGAUGGGAGAGAUAUCCUAGAUCGCACGCUGUCAUUGACGAACAAAGUGGACAAAUCAAGUAUGCAGGGCUCAGCACCAUCAUGGAUGCCAGCCCUCCUGACCACAAGACAUACUUGGCUGCCAGACGUGAACAACUGGCCAAGCAGAGAGAAGUGGAGUGGCAGCGUGAGAUUGGUGGACAUCCAGAGAACGACGAUGACUGUCCUAUCUGUGAGGNNGUAGAGAGACCUCGCACCAAGAGAUUGGCGAGCUUGCGAGCAGGUUGA